AUGUUUGAGAAGGAAAUAGUGAUUGAUGGAAAGGGUCAUUUAUUGGGUAGAUUAGCAUCAUAUAUUGUAAAACAAUUAUAAAGAAGAUAAAGAAUAGUUGUCUUAAGAACAGAGUUGAUUUAAUAAUUAGGUAAUAUGAUCCCAUGA